AUGGCGCCUUCUGUGAAGAAAGCUAAAGGUGGGAUCACAAAGCCAAACUGGCUUGAGCUUCCAAUAGACUUGACGAAGAACAUACUUGAAAGACUGGACACAGUACAAAUUGUGACAAGUGCACGUAAUGUGUGUCCUCUAUGGUGGAACAUUUGCAAGGAUCCUCUCAUGUGGCGUACCAUUCGCAUCGAUAAUAUCCAUUAUACUCUAUUUGGUUACGGUUGUUUGGAGAAGAUUUGUCGCUUAGCCGUUGAUCUUAGUUGUGGUCAAGUGGAAGACAUUAACAUUGAUGUGAUUGGGACUGAUGCCCUCUUCAAAUAUAUUGCUCAUAGGGAAACUCAUUUACGGCGACUACGGCUUUGUUUUUGUGGACAAAUUUCAAGUAAAAGGCUGAGUGAAUUUGUGAAAUUUUCACUUUUAGAAGAGAUUGAAAUUUUAUAUUGCAAGAACAUGUCCAAGGACAACCUCGAAUUGAUUGGUCGAUGUUGUCCUCUUUUGAAGUCACUAAAUUUUGGGAGGAUGUUAGAUUGCGCUUUUGUCAAUGAGCCAUUUGCUAUUGCAAAAACAAUGACCAGACUAAGCCAUCUUGAAUUGUUUGGAGUUUCUAUUGAUGAUGUUGGGUUGUUUGCCAUUCUUGAUGGCUGCCCUCUUCUUCAUUCUCUUGAUUUGGAAGGGUGCUGUUGUGAGUAUUUGAGUCCAAGUUUGGAAAAACGGUGCCAUGGGAAAAUUAGAGAUUUUCGACCGCCGAAAUAUCGUGGUUGAUGAUGAUGAAUGAUCGUGGUUGUCUUAGCUUAUGUUGGCACUUUUGAAUGUACAUGAUGAUUGUUGAUUUUGAUAAUGAGUUUCUUCUAGGGGUUGAACAA